AUGUCAUUGUAUGGAUUGUUCUGGUUGCCAUGGUUCGACACUACCAUUGUUACACUUCGAAUUCUUCAAUGUGAUUUUUGCCUUUACUUCAUUGGGUACUUUGGAAUAAACUUAUAUCACAUGGCAGAAAAAGGACAAAAUCGCAAGAAACUAUGUUUGCUUGUUAUAGGAAUAAUUUUCUUUGUUAUUUCUGUUGGGUUUUGGUUCGUCAUCUCUACUUUUUUAUUGCCAGCCUACGUGCCUUGGUCGCCAGCGGAAUCUCGAACUUUGAAUCAAAGAUGCUUGUGCAAUUGGCUUGGUUUGGAUUGGCAUGAUCUUCUACACUACAUAUCUGCUCUGAUUUGUCUUUUUUAUUUCUUGAUCGUUCGCCAAAUGGACACAUGCUUCGAUCAUCGGAAUGAUGCAGUCAAGAGAAUCAACAAAUUUUAA